AGAAAGUCUUUACAAAAAGCCUAAAAUAUAAGAAAGGGCCCAUGUCUAAAGACGAAGAAAUCGAAGACAAUAAAGCAGCAAAAGUAUGCUUUUUAAUGUCGGUUUAUCGCCCAAUUGAAACGAAUGAAACGGUGUUGUUUGUAACACUAGAACCAGCACAAGGUGUGGUGCCAUUAAGGCGAACAGCACACAGAGACUAGAGAGCACCACACACGACGCGUAUACUUUAGCCAGCCGGGCCAUAACAGUUUCACACCCACGGCUAUCAGACACUACCGUACCAACAAUCUUUUCUCGAAGGAGAUGAAGGCGAGGAAUACGAGUGUGGAGUUGCCAGAGAUGCAAUCAGUGGAGAUUGAGGGAGGAGGAGGUGCCAGGCGAAGUAACCUAUCACAUCAUGACGUCACAAGAUUCCAUGAUGACGUCAACACUGUGUAUGAGGCGUUUUUACGCGGAAUGAGGAUGUCGGAUAACGGCCCCUUCCUCGGGACUAGACAAGCCACGAGAGGUUACAAGUGGGCUACAUAUUCACAGAUCCACGAGCGGGCUUCCAAUUUUGGGAGCGGCUUGUGUGAGCUUGGGUGCGAUCCAAGCCAGGAGACUUUCGUUGGGUUGUGGUCAACAAAUUGCACAGAGUGGCUACUCGCGGACCUCGCGUGUCAGAUGUUUUCAAUGGUCACUGUUCCCAUAUAUGACUCGCAUGGAAGCGAGGCCUGUACAUAUAUCAUCAACAAGGCGAAACUUUCUACUAUCGUUUGCCAUAAGAAGAAAGUGAAUUUCCUAUUGGAGCAUGCGCACCUGCUUCCCACUCUGAAGAGCAUUAUAGUGAUCAGCGGCGCUGGGGAGGUCAGAAGAGAUAAGUCUGACAUCCUGGGGAUUCGGAUUAUCUCAUUCGACGAAGUGGAGAAAAUAGGAAUCAAUAAUCCACAUGAAAAAGUCCCUGCGAGACCAGAAGAUACCUUCACCAUCAGCUGGACAAGUGGAACCACAGGCUUCCCAAAGGGCGUUAUUCUGACACACGACAACAUCAUCAGUGAUAUGUCCGCCUAUCUCUUCCUCAUUAAGCAGGACGGAGAGGAGCUUACACCACAGGAUACCCACCUCUCAUAUCUUCCACCAGAACACAUGUACGAGCGAUGUACACAGGUCCUUAUGAUGAUGGCUGGAGCUAAGAUUGGACUCUACCACGGCAAGCGAGAGUUUCUCAUGGAUGACUUCAAAGCUUUGCGACCGACAGUGUUUGCCGCUGUUCCAAGACUUUUGAACGCAAUUUAUGACAAAGUAACUGCUCAAGUCUCGCGCAGCAAAAUCAAGAAAUGGAUAUUUGGUAUCGCCAUUCGCUCAAAAGAACAGGACUUGAAAAGGUAUUCCUUAUUCGCAGGAAACACUUUUUUCUUUCAUGCCAGACGAAUAAUACGGAAAGACACCAUCUGGGAUCGACUGGUAUUUAAGAAAAUUCAGGAUCUGAUUGGCGGGAAUGUGCGCAUCAUCACGUGCGGCUCCGCCCCCCUCUCCGCACGCGUGACUUCAUUCAUCAGAUGCGUCAUGGGAUGCUAUCUGAAUGAAGGCUAUGGUUCAACAGAAACAACAGCAAUGGUCACGAUGCAAAGAUUAAAGGACUUCAAUACAGGUCACGUCGGUGCCCCAGUUCCCUGCGCUACUGUCAAGCUCGUCGAUGUUCCAGAGAUGGACUAUUACGCAAGCAAUAAUCAAGGAGAGAUCUGUAUCCGCGGGCGCAAUGUGUUCAAGGGCUACCUGCACGAUGCCGAGAGGACCGAGGAAGCUUUUGACAGCAGUGGCUGGUUCUAUUCAGGAGACAUCGGGGAAUGGACGCAGGAUGGAACACUUCGUAUCAUUGAUAGAAAGAAACACAUCUUUAAGCUGUCACAGGGCGAGUAUAUUGCGCCAGCCAAGAUUCAGAACGCCUACUUGCGAAGCAUGUUCGUGGCGCAAGUGUUUGUUCACGGUAAUAGCUUGAAGUCGUUCAUCGUGGCGGUUGUUGUCCCGGAUGCAGAAGUGCUGAUCCCAUGGGCGAAGACUCAUGACAUCGAAGGGGGCAUAAAACAACUCUGUCAAAACCAAACUGUGCGUCAGGCAAUACACGAUGACAUGAUCGCUAAAGGGAAAGAAGCCAAAUUAAAUUCUCUCGAACAGGUAAAGGGCAUCUAUCUUCAUCCAGAGCUGUUCACAGUGGAGGAAGGUCUCCUCACGCCAACCCUUAAGACAAAAAGACCAGCGCUUGCACAAUUCUUCGAAGAAAAACUCAACGUACUGUACGAGGACCUCGAGGCAAUGAUCAAACGGCCUCAAAGAAACGGGUGGUAGACUCCAACCAGAAGAAGGGACUAGCACCUUUGUUAGUCGGCAUAACAUUGAGAGGGUACCUCACUUAUAUGGAUAAGGCCUUGCACAGAAACUUCCGUAAGGCGGAUAUAGCAUUGGCAGUCCCCCCCCCCCGUAAAGCGGACAUGACAUUGAGCAGGCACCUUCGUGUGGAGGACAUAGUUUCGAACGAGAGACCUUCGUAAGCCGGACAUAGCAUAAAGCAGUUACCUUCUAAGGCUGGCAGAGUAUUCAGACCAUUGGGCGCCCGUUAAAAUGGAGGUUACACUCUGAACUCUUUAACUCUCGAUAAACCUUUUAAACAGCCAGGUAAACUUCCUCUAUGAGACUUACACUCUUGUUUUUAAAGUAAAAAAAAACACGUUACAUUGUAAAUAUAAUUUGUAUCGUCUUUAAGUUUUUGUAACACAUGUUUCAAUUAACUAGGCAUACUUUCUUUGGUGUUUUUAAAUAAUAAAAGCAAAAUUAAGAGUA